AUGGCUUUGGAUAUUAGCUCAUGGGAGCAGAUCUUUCAAGAACUGAUUCAACAGGAGGAACCCUGGGCCAGAUGGACCCUGAAGUUGGAUGAGACGCUGCAGCCAGACUCUGUGGCCCAAGGGUGGAAGCAAUACCAGCAGAGAGCCUUUGGAAGGUUCCAGUGUUCUUCAUGUCAGCGAAGAUGGGCUUCUGCCAAAGUACAGGUCCUCUGCCACAUGCACUGGGAACAUUGGAUGUCCCAGGGACAGGUGCUAAUGCGGAUCUUUGCUCAGAGGUGUAAGAAAUGUUACCAGUCCCAAUUUGAGAAGCCUGAGUUCUCUUAGAGCACUAGGAUGAUUCUGAACAAUUUGGUACAGCGUAUUCUGGAAAGAUUCUAUAGAGAAGGCAUCAGGAUGGUUCCAGAGAUUCCAGUGGCCACAGAAGUGCCUCUGAAAAUGUCCCAUGAUACAGACAACUGUGAGGCAUGCAUUCUGGGCUUCUGUAAACAGGGCUCACAAAGCUUUGUGACAGAGCCACCCAAAUCUCCACUAUUCACUGGGAGUUUCUUGCCUCCCCCCAUCGGUGACUUGUUUGUCCAAAACCAAGCCAGGAACAAUUCAGCUGGAGCAAGAGCUCAUAUGGGGUCAGAGUUCAGCCAUGCCAUUGCUGGAACCCAAAUAUCUGAGCCCAGCCCACAGCCUGAGACUUAUGAAAGUAUGACAACUGAAUCCAGAAGAUUACCUCUUACCUGGGAAAGGCAGCCUCAUGGAAUGACAGUAAAAGGGAAAUAUGACGUCAACACACAAGGACACAAAAACGGGCAGAAGCUAAAAAAACUGACUAGUGACAGAUAG